CAGAAGUAUAUGCAGCAAAACCUUAUUUGUUAAAACAGGCACUUAGAAGUUAGACCAUUCCUGUUCAUAACAAAAUUUUGGAAACUGUAUAAAAACGAAAAUUACGUAUUUUUUCGUAAAGACAAAUGCUGCAGAAGAAAGAAGUUUUGAUUUCUGGCAAUAUACAUACAAACAGUUCGUUAUUGACUUUGUUUAUGUAAUUUGGUUAAAAUGCCAAGAGUAAUUUUCAAGCGAGUUUUGGAAGCUUUGUCGGGCAAUACAUCUUCCAGUUCAUCCGGAGGGAAUUCUUCAAAUCAUGUUGAACCAAACUUUAGUUCAGAUUUGAGUACGGACCAAUUUCAACCUUAUAAGAUUGCAAGACAUGGCUUUCCAUACCGGCCUACAGCAUUGGCUUAUGAUCCAGUACAAAAGCUUCUUGCUAUUGGAACAUAUACUGGGACUAUUCGAAUUCUUGGUCAGAGUGGCGUGGAUAGAUACAUAGCUCAUGAAACGGAUAAACCCGUCAUUAAACUUAUAUUCUUAAACAACCAGGGUGCACUAGUAUCUGUGUGUGCAGAUGACACGAUUCAUUUGUGGAACUUACGACAGACACAACCCGCAAUCCUUCACUCUUUGAAAUUCAACAGAGAGCGAAUAACAUGCACCUACAUCCCACACGGAAGCAAAUGGCUUUACAUUGGUACAGACAAGGGUAAUGUUCACUUGUGUCAUGUAGAAUCCUUCACGCUAUCUGGUUACUCAAUCAGUUGGAAUAAAGCAAUUGAACUUUCCCAAAAGAGCCACCCUGGUCAAGUGAUAGAAAUUGCGGAAAAUCCAUGCAAUGAGUCUCGGAUUAUAAUUGUGUUCCAGUGUGGUACCUUCGUCCUAUGGGAUUUAAAACAAAAAGAAGCACUACAACGUUAUUACUGCAACAAUACAAUCCACCAUGUAUGUUGGCACCAUGAAGGGAAACAGUUCAUGUGUUCUCACAACGAUGGCAUUAUAAGUCUGUGGAGUGUUUCAAAUAAAGAUAAACCUAUAUCAUUCCAGAGGCCACAUGGCAAGGAAUCUUCUGGUAGCAUCAGUUACCAUGCAAUUGAAAAAGUAGAUUGGUUGUCCUGCACCGACGCUGAAUCGUUGGUGAUAUUUUCUGGUGGCCUUGCAGAGGAAGGAGACACCCAACCCACCAUUACAGUCAUGCAGGGCAAGUCAAUCACUGUACUUGAGAUGGGAUCUCCUGUCGUUGAUUUUGUUGCUGUUUCACACACACCCUGGAAAUGUGACAACCAAGAUCCAACAGACUUGGUGAUCCUCCUAAACAAAGAACUUGUAGUGCUUGAUCUGAAGACCCCCGGAUACCCAUGUGUGGAGCCACCUCACGCAUUAGACCUUCACGACUCCCCUGUCACAUGCCUGGAGUUUUACCUUGACACAAACUCAACAUUACUUCCAACAUUAUGUGAGAUUGCUGCAACUAAACCACAAUGCAAGGAUAUCUUUAAAAAAGAAUGGCCAUUGGGAGGAGGUGAAUGCAACUUGGACGAAUACGAAGGAAUACCCGAGUUGGUUGUAUCAGGUCAUGCACAUGGUUCUGUUCGCUUCUGGGAUGCUACUGCAGGUAACUUAAAGCCUAUCUACAAACUCCGGACCUACAAGAUCUUCCAUCGCUCCUCCAGGGAGUCCUCCACCACUGAAGAGGAGGACGAGGCAUACAGGAUCACCAACAUUGCUCUUUGCCCUCACACACGAACACUGGUGACGGCUAACAUCAGUUCAACGCUCAUUAUAUACAAACUUCACUCUUCAGAGAUACACACAGAAAUCUGCACGCUGUCAAUCAAUGUGAUGGAUGAGAUUGGCAUGUUGGUACCUCCUGCUCCCGACCACAACCAUGUAUCUAACUUGGUUGGAUUGCAUGGAGAAGCAUCCAGUAAUGAAGACUUGACACAAACUAGCUCUUAUUAUACGGUAACAGCACCUAGCGCUACAACGACAACCACUACUGCUGAAAAUGAAAACCAUGUUGUUCAAAAGUCACGACUCAGAUCUAAAAGUGGAAACUUCCGACAAAGUCCUGGUUUUCAAUCUGAUUUCAUUUGUAUGUUCACCGAUGAUGGUACAAUAUCUCCUAUCUCUAUAUUCAUAUCUUUAAGCACUUCAAAUAAUCUUAUUUCAAUUGGUACAAUAGCAUCACUUUCUGUGAUAGAUAUAACACAGAAGACUUGCUUAUUUAAUAUGAACACAAACAACAUAUUAAUGUCUAUUGAUGGGAAAAUGCAUUCUUCAUCUAAACUCAAGUUACAAGGUUUAACUGACACCUCUCCUUCUGCACUUUCAACUGACCACAGUUUCUCUAAAUCACAGUUAGAAAAAGAAGAUUCGUUGAAUUCUGAUAGCGCCCCGUCAGCAAUGCCGAGUAAAAGUAAGCGUUACAUCAAAAUAUCGAAGAAAAAUACUUCGCUGAGUUUGGAGAAAUCUAUUGGAAGCAUGGAGAGUUCAGAUGACCAUAUGUUAAGCAGAGCAUCAAGCUCAACGGAAUCCGACCACGGCCGAUCUAAUGAAGCCGUCACUUAUCUUUGCUUCUCAUGCACUAACAUCAAGAAACACAGCAACACCACGGUCCCAUGUAUGUGGGUGGGAACCCAAAGUGGAUGUUUAUUCAGCAUAAUAUUCAAUCAAUCCAAUCACGAAAAUCGAGCUUCAAAUCGUGUCACAAGCUCUCUAAGUGGUACCUUAUUACAGUUGCAUGGUGCUUUAGUGUCUUGUUUAUUUAUCAACUCAACUGGACAAGUCGUUACUGACCAUAUGUAUACAUGGACACCACAAACAUCUGUUGAGGAAAAAGAUCAUGUGACUGAUCAUGAUGGUGAAAUAUCACGUGAUAUUCAUUUCAUGAUGGUAACAUCGGAACGACAAGUUAAGAUUUUUACUCUCCCAAGUUUAUCAUGCGUUCAUGUGUUUGAACUUCCCAUUGAAUGCGGACAGUUCAUUCAUUCUUCUGUUGAUACUUUAAUUAACGGAACAUGUGCUGCUGGUUACACCUCUAGUGGUCAUAUUGUGGUGCUAGGACUGCCCAGUUUAAAUUUGCUUCUUAAUGUGCCAUACCUGCCUCCCAAUGAUGACAGGAUAGCUCAUACAUUCUCUUUCACAAGUGAUGGGCAAGCAAUGUUUCUGCCAAACCCAACUGAGUUACAACGUAUCGCUUAUUAUGUGGGAAUUCAUGAGAAUGUUCAGGAGAUGGUUGGUCACUUGUUUGUACCUUGUGAAGAUAUAGAAAAACCAACUACCGGGUUUUUUAAAGGAUUGUUUGGUGGAGGUUAUACAAGCAUUGAUCGUGAAAAUUUAUUUGGCGAAGGUGUCAAUGGCAAAACGAAAGCCAUAGCAAAAUACAUCCCAGGGACCGGUGGUUCUAGUUUUGAAGGUUUCCGACACGGUAAUGUAGGUUCUGAGUUCCACCAACUUAAGAACAAGGUUUUGGAGCGAGGGCAAAGACUUGGUGAACUUGAGGAAAAGUCACAGAAACUUGUAGAUUCUGCAAGCAGGUUUGCAGCUGUUUCUAAUGAGGUCAUGCACAAGUACAAAAACAAGAGGUGGUAUCAGAUGUAACCGACAAUAGUUUCUUCACAAAUCAUAUAAACACAUGCACUGUACAACAAGGCUGAAAAAGAGCGUAAAAAUGAACUACUGUGUCUGUACAUCCUUUAUUUUAUGUCGUUCCGAAUUUUAUUUCUUUUUUCCUGCACUUUUUCGUUUGCCGUCUGGGCUGGGGGGGAGAGAGGCGGCAGCGAUUUCAUUUAACUCUUCUUCUUUUGCUCUCUUCUCAUCAAGUAAGUGCUGCCGGUAAUCCUCUCUUGGCUGCAACAAACGUGCUCUGCUUUUAUCCAACUGUUCCUGGAAUAAACAUUAUAGAUCAGUGUU